AUGACCCUCAAAUACCUCAUCACAGGAGCGACCGGAGGCCUAGGCGCCAGCGUCCUAUCCUAUUUCGUUGCAAACCUCCCCGCUUCGGAAUACGCUGCAGCAUCCUCGAAAGAGGCAAACCGCAAGCAAUUCGAAGACCAAGGCAUCGCCUUCCGAGUAGCAGACUACGACGACCCCAGUUCCUUGAAAACCGCCUUCCAAGACGUUGAGAACCUCCUCUUCGUAAGCACCAGCACUUUCGACGUCGAAAAGCGCCGCAAGCAACACCAAAGCUUCAUCAACGCAGCCCAGGAGGCAAAAGUGCAACAUGCAAUACCCUCCCUAACUUCCGCGUCGCAGGUGUGGUACACAUCCCUCGCAUUCGGCGGAAAAGGUCCAGACUCCAAAGCAGAUGUGCAGCAGGCGCAUCUCCUCACAGAAGAGAUGAUGCGAAAGACGGAUCUCAACUUCACGUCUAUCCGCGAGGGUUUGUAUGUGGACGCAUUCCCCGUUUUCAUGGGGUGGUACCCGAGCUCGUCGACAGUGUGCCUGCCGGCGGAUGGGAAGGUGGCGUUUACGCUGCGGGCCGAGCUGGGCGAGGCGACGGCGCGGCUGAUGGUGCGUGGUGGGUACGAUCGGGAGAUUGUGCUCCUUACUGCGCAGGAGACUGUCACAUUUUCUGAGAUCGUGGAUAUUAUCAAUGAGACGACCGAUCGGCAGGUUCAAUUUAAGAUUGUCGAUAAGGAGGAGUUUUUGACGGUCAAGGCUGAUGAUGAGGGUGGGAAGCCGGUGGCAUUUUUCAAGGCGUUGAUUUUGUGGUAUGAGGGGAUUGCGAAGGGGGAGACUUGUAUCAUUGAUCCUUUGAUGGAGGAUUUGUUAGGUCGAAAACCCGUGAGCCCUAGGGAGGCUAUCCGUGGGUUUUUGAAGGAAAAUCGGAACUAUGAAUGGCAUCAGAACUAUGCGAAUCGUGGUUAG